AUGUCAUCUCGCGGCCUCCCAGAAGUGCUCAUGCAAAAAGUCGACGAAUACGUAGACUCGCUAGCGCCCCAGAUCCAGCCCCGCAUUGCGACUGAACUCGAAGACUUCCAGCAAAAAACAAUUGAUAGUCUCGAGACACAGGUCGUGGAUGCGUUUCGCUCCCUCUUCAACGACAACAAUGAUCGUCCUUCGUCAAGAGAAGGAGGCGGCUCUUCCAGAAACCUAAGUGAUUCAGCGCCUGAUGCUUACGGCGGCCAAUCUCUCCCGUUUGCAGAUGAGAUUGCAAAGUUGACCCGGGGCUUUGGCCAGAUUAGCGAUGAAGCCGGGGGUGAUUUGCGUGAAAUCUUUGCUUUGACGCAGAGUGGUGGCGGCGGUGGUGGCUCUGCGUCCCGAGGAGUAGGAGGAGGGCAAGAAGGGUUUGAUUUCUCGUCUGGAGCCCGGGGCUUCUUAUCAUCUGCGCUCGACGCCGUGCAAGACAGUCUGGGCGACCAACGGGGUUCCAAGGGCGGACAGAGCUUUGAGAUCGGCGGCUUGCUGGGUAUGCUGUCUGGCACCAUCAAGGAGGCAUCGAGGAACCCUGAGGAAAAGGCUCGCAUGAUUAGUCCAGAGAUUAAGCAGAUGGUGGGAGAGAAGUUGCGUUCGCAACAUGCGCCUAUUGCGGAACAGUUUACGCGUAUCGCACUCGAGCACAUCAAGCGCUGGUUGCGUGGAAAUACCAGUUCACGCGAUCUGGGCGAGGGGGCAAAAGCCGAGAUUGCAGAGCAGGUCGGUGAUCUCGUCAAGGGACUUGGAAGUCUAUUCGGCAACAAGAAGGGCAAUCAUGAAAGCUCGGCUCGAGGCUUCGACGAAGGCGGUAGUCGGGAUGGCGAAGGUGGUGGAGGUGGCUUCUCCCGCGUCAUCAGCGACAAACUAAGUACCGGACUCGCCAAAGUCCACCGCGAAGUCCGCAUCGAAUUCCGCAAGAUACUCGGGCAAAUCGAGAAGCAGCUGUUCGAGCUGCUGCCAGACCAGUUCCAGCGGCCGCUUGAGAAAAUCCUAGGCGGAAACCCCUUUGACGAGCAGCUUGACCGCGACGCCUCUGCCAAUGCGGACCGCGGCUUCGGCGACGACAUCAAGGCGAAGCUGCUCGGCAAGAUUCGCGACCUCGUCCGCAAAGUGCAGGAGACGCUGCGCCAGAGCAUCCUCGGCGUGGUGAACGGUGGACACCGCCGGUUUGAGCGCCAAAGCUGGGUCUUUGUGCAGUCCAUGGUGGAGCAAAAGGUGCAGAGGUACCUGCCCGAUGUCAAAAUCAAUGUGCCAGAUGACAUUGGAAACGAGAAUGUCAGUGUAGGCAGUCCAGUGCAGCAGUUGGGCGGAGGAAAUGCAGGUCAACAGUAUCAACCUCCGCCUCCCCAACACCACCAGCAACAACAGCAGAGUUACGAUGGUCCCCCACCAACAUACAACAACAAUAACAACAGCAACGAACCCCCAUCUCAGCAGCACCAGUACCACAACGAACAGCAGUACCAGGGUCCCCCGCACAACCAGCAGUAUCCUCCUCCUCCCUCUCAAGACUACAGGCCAGACAACAACCAAUCGUAUUCUCAGUAUCCACCGCCGCAACACUCGAGUUAUCCGCCACCUCCACCUCAGCAGCAGCAACAACAACAACAACAACAAGGAUAUCACCAGCAAGGGUACCAGCAGCAAGGAUAUCACCAGCAGCAACAGGGUUACCCCCCGCGUGACUACCGUGACAACAACGAUGAGGGGUACCAAAGGCAUGGGUAUUGA